AUGAUUAAACUCAUUUACAAACUAGAGGCCACCAAGGACAAGUUAAAGAUGUGGUGCAAAGGUGGAGCCAAUGAUCUAUCCCCCCAUAUUGUGGAUAUCAAAUCUAAACUUAAAUACCUACAGUCCCAGAUUGAAAGUGGCCACCUUCAGGCGAUAGAGGAAGAGUGCAACCUCAAGCGACAACUUUCGGUGCUCCUGCACCUAGAAGAACGCCUUUGGCGCCAAAAAUCUAGAAUCAAAUGGAUCAAGGAUGGAGACCUCAACACCAAAUUCUUUCAAGGAAUCGCCAAUGGGAGGCAAAGGAGGAACAAGAUCGACAUUAUCUCCCAUGGGGGUCAGCUCGUAACAGACAUGCCUGACAUAUUCUCAGCUUGCACGAACUUCUUUGUCGAUUUUUAG